UUCUCCGCUCAAUCUCUCUUGCUGCCCGUCUGACACCGUAAAUUUUGGUCUCCGUCCCUUGAGUGCUGCGUAGAAAGGCUGAGUCCACCGGCUGCUCCACGGCGAACGGCAUCAAGACGGCUGCUGGAUAUCCGACGAGGGUGCGAAUCGCAGCACCAUGGCAUCUGUCCUUGCGUAUCCGAGGGAUCUCUACGAUUACGUGUGGUCGUUCCGAGACACGCGGAUAGACGCAUGGUCCAGCAACGUCAUCAAGGGCACUUUCGUGUUACCGCUGAUCAUCAGUUACGUGUACGUAGCCAAGGUAGCCGGCCCUCGGUGGAUGAAAGGUCGCGAGCCUUACAACGUCAAGCGAGGUAUCCUUGCGUACAACGCGUUCACCGUGCUCGCAAACGCUUACUUCCUGUACCGGAUGCUGCCGCUGACGUACUUCGGCGGCGGCUACAGCUUCCUCUGCCAAGGGAUAGGCACCAACAGCGAGCGCGACAUGGCCGUCAUUAGCCUGAACUGGUGGUACCUCUUUGUACGCAUCGCCGACUUCGCAGACACCAUGUUCUUCGUGGCCCGCAAGAAGUACAGCCAUAUCACUCAGCUUCACGUAUCGCACCAUGCUCUGGUCGUAUUCAGCGGGUGGUUGUGGCUCAACUUCGGUAGCGACGGUCAGGCCGUGCUCGGCAUCUGCAUCAACGCCUUCGUCCACAUCAUCAUGUAUACGUACUACUUCCUGGCAGCCCUGGGUCCCGGCCUGCAGAAGUAUCUAUGGUGGAAGAAGUACCUGACGACGAUUCAGAUCUUGCAACUGAUAGGGGUCUGCACUCACUCAUCUCUGCCUCUUAUUUUCGACUGUGGCUACCCUAAAGCCCUGUGCUACCUGGAGAUGGCCCAGCUUGUACUGGGCAUCGUACUGUUCAUGAACUUCUACUUGAAGACCUACAGGGUCGGUGGGAGGUCUGGCCCUCCAGUGGCCACAGUGUCGAAGGAAAAAGAUCAAUGAAACACUGUGCAAUGUCUGGCAAAGCUACAACGGCGUUUAUCGAUCCGGCGGUGCGUUUCAGGACGCUAAAUAUGUGAACCUCAGUGCCAGAAUGGUUCAGAAACCGUGUUUCCGGUGGUGAUUUACAUGGCCGAUAACUUGGAUCGAUGGACAGGGGGUUCGCUGUAAAUGCCAUGGCGAACAAUGCAUUGCAGCUGUCAACAAUAAAUUCGAACACCAAGAGGGCUUAAUUCACAGCACUUGGCCACAGUUUGCAUAUCAUGCAGCUGUGGAGGAAGAUGAGGGCUUACAAUGUAAUUGAGCGUGCAGAAAUAUUGAAAAUUCGACAAACUGUGUGGACAAUGUUUGUAAGCUUUAUGUUUACAUGUGUUCCACUCGCAACAUAUUGGUUUUGUAUGCCGAAAUUAUGGUUCAUACACUGUGCUUACUUACUUCAACUGCAAUGGUUAAUGCUUAGAUUUUUCUACUGUUUAUAUGUAAGUGUCAAACGUACUCUCCAAGUUUUGUGUACUAGUUAGUUUCUGUUUAUUAGUGUACUGUGUUUAUUUUCCUCAACUUGCAAUAAUUCAUGCGUAAGGUAUAGUUUUCCUUAUUGUAGUGUUUCAAUACUUCUUUCUGUAGCAACAAAUUCACAAAUUCAUAUUUUAACAUUUGCAACUGAAUCUCCAAUCAUCACUCUUCCACUCUAUAUUGUGCUUUCGAGUGCAUGACCACCUGUGACCCGUUGCAAUGUCCAGACUCGCCUCCUCCUGCGUGCUUUGAUGCAAAAGUGUUUCUCCGAAAACAAAGAGAUGAACUUAAAAAAAUGUUCUGCAAAUACGUUUUAAGGAAAACUGUUUGCGCGCAUCAGCACAAAGUUUAAUGUGUGUUGAGUGUGUUCCAAGCGUGCCGAAAUUCUGGCAACCCGGAAAGAAGAGAAACCAAAGGGGAACUCAAGUUCAUUGAAUCAGUCAAACAACCACAACACAAAGUAGGAAUACACUAAUGCCAAUGUUGUUAACUUACGUUAUUAUCGCAUAUUUUUUAAUGAGAAAAUGUAUUUACCCUGCGCUUUUUACGAUUUCGUGGUUCGGUGGCUUCAUGCGGCAGAUGAUUCUCUUAUUAUUGAGCGCUUCGGGCCCCAUGGUUAUUCUCCCGCGUUGAAUAACAGAGGCCUCGGUUCAGUCGUAGACCUGAUGCUUUAGGCAGCGCCAAGGAUUUAUUAGCCCUAUGCAGCGAACAUCCGUUGAACGUUCUCGCUCAGUGUUUCGACAACGCCCCGUCCUUAAAUACAAGAGGGGGGGGGGGGGGCACUGCCGUGGAUGCCACCGCUGCGGGUAGCGGCUGAGCGUUCUUGACGCUGUUCUUGUAAAACAGGUUAUGUUCAGAGGAGAGAAAAACUGGUCAAGUUGGUACGGACUCGCGGUUAUAGUUAACGGCACGGUUAAGAAUGACGACGACGGCGAACAGCACAAGUGCCCAUGCAGUGUUCUCGUCGCGUCGAUCGCCCUUGCAUUUCUUGAACCACGAUUUGUUUUUGACUUUUUACUUUAGACUAAAUCUGUUCGCAAGUGAGACAGUGGUCUCUUUACGAUCAAGUGGUCUCUGUGAUGUUUGUAAGAUCAGGCGAUUUUUCAGCCGGUUUUUAUAUGUCCCCUGUCGCAUGCUCGCGUUAUGCAUAAUUAUUGUACCUGUGUAGUGGCCAGCUACAGUGUGCGAGGUUGUAGUUGGCUGCGAGGACGUGAUGCUGCUGAGUGUUUGUUGUACUAAUGUUUAUUAUGUGCAUUGCACCACCUUUCUACCCCUCUGUAAUCCAUUUUGGCUGUGUGAGUAUUUAUUAAAUAAAAUGAAUACCAAGAACAU